AUGUCUUCUAAUGUUGGUGGCACAGAAGAGGUAUCAUCCACAUUUGGAAAAUCAUUAUCAUUAAAAGUGGAUGGAGGCUUUAAUGCAGUCUCAAUCAAUCCUUCUGGUAGGGAUGUGGUACUUGCAAGCAGGCAGGGUCUCUAUAUUAUCGACUUAGAUGAUCCUUUCUCUCCUCCAAGGUGGCUUUACCAUGCCACAUCGUGGCAGGUUGCGGAUGUUCAAUGGUCUCCACAUCCAGCUAAGCCUUACUGGGUCGUAUCUACAUCAAAUCAAAAGGCCAUUAUUUGGAACUUAACAAAAACAUCCUCUAAUGCUAUUGAAUAUGUUUUACACGGUCACUCGAGGGCAAUCACUGAUAUUAACUUCAGUCCUCAACAUCCCGACAUUUUGGCAACGUGUUCUAUUGAUACCUAUGUACAUGCAUGGGACAUGAGAAGCCCCCAAAGGCCAUUUUAUUCUACGAGUUCUUGGAAAUCCAGUGCAGCACAAGUUAAAUGGAACCACAGCGAUGUCAACAUAAUGGCCUCAUCACAUGGGGACGACGUUUUCAUAUGGGAUUUAAGAAAUGGCUCUACUCCAUUAUUCAAACUAAGUAGUCAUGAAAGCAGUGUUAAUAGUAUAGAUUUUAAUAGAUUCCGGUCUACUGAGAUAAUGUCUAGUUCUAAUGAUGGUACAGUAAAAUUCUGGGAUUAUUCUCGAAAUGUUGAAGACUCAUUGAGAACGAUUCAUACAGAUUUCCCCAUAUGGAGAGGUAGAUACUUACCGUUUGGAGAAGGAUUUUGUGUAAUGCCUACUGUAGGAGGUAAUAAUUCUGUUUAUAUGAUGGAUCUAAGUCUUGAAAAAUCUGAAAUGACUGCCUGUAAACUACAACCAGCUUACACAUUUAAGGGCCAUACAGAUAGGGUUAUAGAUUUUUUAUGGAGAUGCAAACAUACUAAUAGUAGCGACAUUGAUGAUCGAGAAUUUCAAUUAGUAACAUGGUCAAAAGACUCCAAUCUGAAAUUAUGGCCCAUUACAGAAAAUUUAUAUGAAAAGGUACAUUAUGAAAGAAACAUGUAUUUAGAAGAAAAACUGCCCAGUUAUGAAUAUGUUACCUAUAAUAAGGAGCCUGACAAGAGCCUCAAUCUUCAGAAUGCAACUUAUCAAAGAAUGAGAGAAACAUUUGUCACAAAAGCCGGUUUAAAGAAAGAGAAUGAUAUAAGUCACAUUAAUUGGCUGUCAGGAAUUAGAAUGAAUGACCAGGAUUCUCCAGAAGACAUAUUUGAAGAACCAAAGCUUCAGAAUUUAGCCGAAGAAGUCAGUUCAAUAGGGCAUAAGUUUCCAAAGAUCGUUUUUGAGAAAAUAUCCUUGUCAACUGGUGAACUUGUACUUACUUUGAAUGGUCCUUGGUCAGAAGAGAAUCCCGAUGACUAUGUAUUUUUGAGAGUUGAAGUUGUGGUUCCAUCAAAAUAUCCGAAUAUAAAUCAUAUUCCAGUUUUCAAUAUCGAGGAAAAUAGUAAGUUGAGCUCACCUCAAAGACUCUCUAUUGUUCAAGGUUUGAAAGAAAUAUCGAAAAAGUACACGGAUGCCUCUAUGUAUUGUUUGGAGGCCUGUUUGCGCUUCCUUCUGGGGGAAAAAGUUGACUUAGAUGAGAUAGAAAAUGAUGAACCUCUUUUAAAUUUUGAUCUUGUUGAUAACAUUGAUUUUGAUGAAACAUCCUCCCUCCCGGACUCUGAGUCUUCUAGGGUGUUGCUAGAUUCUUCUUCAGAUUCUGAUGAUGAAGAUUAUAAGCAUGAAAAAACAGCAAGAAAUACGUUUGGGAGAAAUUUAGCAUUUGAUAGUACACCAGUACCUAACGAAUCUGGCGCUGUAUGGACAGCUACAGGUCAAUUGUUGUAUUUUUCCAAUUCUGAAAGCGUGAUUGAGAAAAAGCAUAUAGGUACGUUAAAAUUGGGUCCCAAGAACCCUUCAAAGGGAGCUAAGGCAACGAUAAAUGACCCAUGCAAUAUCUAUGAUGAAGGUUAUAGCAUUCGGCCUAAAAGAUAUGUCGAAACAUUUUCUAAUGAUGAAGUCAGUUCUGAUGAUGGUGAUAUGACUUCGGAUGAUACAUCUUCUGAAGAUAGUUUUGGAAGCUUUACUGAUGAUUGGAAUGACAUAGUAGGUAAUGACGUAGUCGUCAGGACAAGACUACCGGAAUUUUAUGGUACAUUUGCCAAGCAAUUCACGUCUGUCCCUUCCGAUAGUGUGAAAACUGGCGACUCAUCAAGAUUUACUAAAAACAGGAUCAUAAUAUGUGAUUUCUCUCAAUUGAUGCCUGAUAGAAAAGAAUUAGCCGUUGAAUAUCAACUAAUGGACUUCGCCCCGGAAAAUAUGUGCCGUAAUAAUGCACUUGUGGCGGAAAAUUACGGGUUCGAAGAAUUGAGUCACUGUUGGCAGAUUUUAUCAGAUCUAUUGAUAAACCAAACUGGUAAUGAACCACAUACAUUAGCAUGGGGUAAGCACCCAAUGACUAUCCAAUGGUUUUUCAAGGAAGCCAUCAGUUAUUACGAAAAGCGGCACAAUCUGCAAAUGUUAGCAAUGUUAUAUUGUAUUUUCAUCGCUACCAGACCCAAAACCCGUUUACACUCUCCAAAGUUAAGUGAAGAUGACAAAGUAGAGAGUGUCAUAAGUUUCAAUGAUCACAAUAAUUUCCAACAGUCACAGGCAGAGUUGCAAUCUCAUUAUUCGACCACUGGUCAAUAUGGUGCUGAUGGUUACGAAGCAAGUUAUAGAUCAAAAGUCCUGUAUUCAAGUGAUGCAAUUUCAGUCAAGUCUGAAAAUUCUCUAAGCAAUUCUACAGUGGGUCCAAAUCGUCAACCACGGAAGAGAUCGCCAUUUCUUCACCACAGGUCAUCUACCGCUGCCAUGAACACCGGCUUUGCUUCCCCUUCUAUACCAGACAUUGUUGUCGAAUUGGUUCACGAUGAAAUUUUGGACCAAAUACAACACGCAGCUGGAAAGUUUUUGGAUGAUGAAGAUGAUGUCAAAUUGAGAAAGUACGUGUAUCAGUAUGCUAAAUUGUUAUUUAGGUGGCAAUUACCGCUUGAGAGAGUCAAAAUCCUGAAGGUAAGUUCGCAGCCAUUAUACGCCUACUAUCAAGAUCAAGAGGCCACUGGUGAAACAGAAAACGGCCACGUUACAAUAGACUCGUUUGGGGAAGAUAAUAAGUCUCAUACACACCGCAGCUGUAACUACUGUAAUUUGAAGGUCAAGGGAACAGCGUUCAUUUGCGGAAGCUGUCAACAUAUAUUGCAUUCUUCUUGCGCUAAAGAGUGGUGGACUACUGGAGGAGAAUGUCCUGCAGGUUGUGGCUGCAUUUGUCCAGAGAUGUAUGAUCUUGAAUAA